UGAGCUGUUGUUAGCUUGUUAGCAGGCUAGCAGCUCAGUUCGCAGUCAGCAGGCACAUUUCUUCCUGGUGGGUUGUUUUGGAUGAGAAUGAGCGCUAAAGAUAUCAGGGAUGACCUGACAACCAUCAACUCCGGCUGCUUUGACCUCUUCCUGCAUCUUCCCAGCUCUGUCGGGUAGAAGAGCCCUCCAAUCUGAGUCGAUUGUUUCUUCCUGUAAAGACCUCAUUAAAGCCAGGAUCGUGUUGUUGAGUCUCUUCCGAAGCCGGCGUGACGAUGUAUUGCCUGCAGUGGCUGCUCCCGGUGCUGCUCAUCCCCAAGCCGCUGAACCCGGCCCUGUGGUUCAACCACUCCAUGUUCAUGGGCUUCUACCUGCUCAGCUUCCUGCUGGAGAGGAAGCCCUGCACCAUCUGCGCUUUGGUUUUCCUGGCCGCGCUCUUCCUCAUCUGCUACAGCUGCUGGGGCAACUGCUUCCUGUACCACUGCCAGGACGCCGUGCUGCCGGACGCCGCCCACGACCCCGCCAUCAUCGGGACCUAAGAGGACGGAGGGAGAUUUACUGUAGAGUGAUACUGCCAUGCUGUUCAGAGGAGGGGGGGUGGACGACGCUCAGCCCAGGACGAUACAUCUGAGGAGGCGGGGCUUCAUUUCUACUUUCUGUCAGGAAAAAUAAAAGCAUCCAAACCUGAAACAAAGGGAAGCGUGAACCGGACGCUGAGAGGAUUUCUGUUUGUUUCUCAGACAACAUUUAGUGAAGAGCUUCAGUGUUCCUGUUCGUUUAAAAUAAUCCUUUUGUUCCUCGGACUGUCCAAACUCUUCACAAAGAAUACGCACAGACAAACAACAUGAUGGCUGUUCCUCAUCACACACACGGAGAGCACACCGACACACACGAUGCUGAGCCCCGCCCCCUCACAGUCAAACUCACAUCUGGGACACAAACCCUUCAAAGUCUUUGUCUCAUGCAUGGUUUGCAGGUUUUGUUUUGCCAAUCGUUCGUUUCACAGGUUUGAAUGAUUUUAAUGCUGAAAAUCGCGGGUGUGCAGCGGGUGGAUGUGUGCGAUCAUUUCAUCGUUCUGAUUCUGCUGAAGAGCGCCACGAGUGCGGCGACGCUUCACGAUGUUUUUCAUCUGUAAGAACGGCAGCGAGCCGUUUGAGCUGCCUGUAGUUUAAAGUGUCGAGCUGUCAGUCGUCACUGCGAAGUGUGAGAAAUGUGUGCGAACAUGUUCACUCUGCUUUUAAUUUAAAUAAAGUCUUUUCUUCUCUA